AAUAGAAACCUGAUCAACUUCGUGUCCUUUUGUGGUUUCCCCAGAGGCUCUCUAGCCCAUUCAGUCGUCCAUCUUGUUUCUUAUCUCUUUCAAGGUCAUUCGAUUUGCAAAGGUGUCACCAUUUUAUUGGGUCCUUAAACCAUCCAUACGUCUCCCAAUACACUCCCAUUGAGCUCCUCCAUCUGCAGCCAUGGAUGCAGCGUCAGUUGGAGCUUCAUCGAUUAAAACCGUUAAGUCACUCUCAAUUUCUACCAUCCCAAAAAUCACUAGCCCAACCACCUUAACCCCUCCAUGGCUUUCAACCCAACCCAGCAUGCUCACCCUUUAUGCGUCAAUCUCUAACCUCAGGAACAGUGUUCUCUAUCUCACUCGCUGCUCCACAAAACCCGACACCAACACUGACAAUGAAAUUGAUCAAAACUCGGCCUUUGAAUCCAAUUCAAAUCCGAAAACCUCGAAAUCCUCAGCCCCUGUUUCAAAUGAAGCACUUUCUUCGUCUCUAUCAACAUUGUCGUCUUCUUCUUCUAGCGGGUUGGUGUUUGGUUUGGGCCCCACAAACUCGUGGGACGGUGCAGAAAUUGGAUCACCUGUUGUGAAAAGGUUCCUUAGUGAUGAGGAAGAGAGGUGGUACAUGUGGUACCAUGGAAGGUCUAAAGGAAAGCCAGGUUCGGAGGCAAUAGGCUUAGCAGUUUCAAGAAAUGGAAUUCACUGGGAGAGAGGCGGAGGACCUACUAGAUCGAGCGGGGAAGCAGGUUUGGCGAUGAAGUGUAGUACAGAUUGGUGGGCAUUUGAUACUGAGAGUAUUAGGCCUUGUGAAGUGGUGGUCAUGUCCAGUGCAAAGGUUAGAGCUGCCAGUGCUGUUUACUGGCUUUACUACACUGGAUGCAGUUCUGAGAAGGCAGAGAUUUCUGAGGAUUCUUUGAAAUUCAGUUUGGAAAACCCGGAGAGAUUUUACAUUGAUGAGGUGAACGGUGAAAAUGGUGGAGUUGGGAAGAUUUCAAAGUCUUUGCCCGGUUUGGCAAUUAGUCAGGAUGGGAGACAUUGGGCUAGAAUUGAAGCUGAGCAUCACAGCGGAGCUUUGUUUGAUGUGGGUUCUGAAAGAGAGUGGGAUUCAUCCUUUAUUGCCUCCCCGCAGGUUGUGUUUCAUGUUAGUGGUGAUCUUAGAAUGUAUUACCAUUCAUUUGAUGCAGAAAAUGGGGAAUUUGGUAUUGGAAUUGCGAGGUCAAGGGAUGGGAUUAGGUGGGUGAAGUUGGGGAAGAUAAUGGGAGGAGGAGGAAGUGGUUGUUUUGAUGAGUUUGGGGUUAUGAAUGCACGUGUAGUGAGAAACCAGAAAGAUGGGAAUUAUGUAAUGGCAUAUGAAGGCAUUGCUGCUGAUGGUAGGAGAAGUAUAGGGUUAGCUGUGUCUUCAGAUGGUUUGAAGAAUUGGAGGAGGUUUCAUGAUGAGGCCACUCUGGCGCCAUCGGCUGAAGAUGGAUGGGAUAAUGAAGGAGUAGGAUCCCCAUGCCUGGUUCAAAUGGACCGGGACUCCGACGGGUGGAGGUUGUAUUAUAAAGGUGUUGGAAAUGGGGGAAGAACUGGUAUUGGAAUGGCAGUUUCUGAAGGGAGUGAUAUUAGGAGCUUUAGAAGAUGGACAGGAUUCAAUUAUAAGAAAGGUAUAUGACUAUGUUAUUAUCCAUUCAAAUUUAGAAGUAUCUCAUUGUAUUUCCAAUUUCAUGAACCAGAAAAAGAUCUAUGUCAGGCCUCAAAGCAAAUCACAAAAGAAAAAGAACCCUUGAAAGAAAAAUCUUGAAUUACUAGUUUUAUAUACAUGAUCGAGCUCCCAACGUUGAUCCCA